GGGACCCCGAAACGGUCCCUGCCUCUGAUGACCCCAGUGCCUCGAGCCUUCCACUGAUGAGUCCUACUAAACGUGAAGUGAGAACUGAGACACCGCCGCCCAAGCAAACCGCAGCAGCCACUGGCUGGUGCCUGUUGCUCGGAGCCCCUGCGUCGGGCGGGUCUCGGCGCGCCCCGUCCUUGGGUCAGGAAUUCUUGUCAGAGACCAAGCCGCCACUUCCCAGGGCCUGGCGCCCGGCGCGGCGCAGGAGCCCAGCCCGGUCCCGGCGCGCUGUGGGCGCUCCGCGGGGCUCCGCGCCGGCCCUUGCGGCACGGGCUGACGUCAGCGUCCGCGGCGGCCAGGGCGGGGCGGGGCGGGCGCUCCGCAGCGCAGCGGGGCGCGGGGCAGCCGGGGCGCCGAGCGGGGCAGCGCCCGGCGGGCAGCGCUCAGCCCGGCCGAGCUCCUGCCUUGCCCUGCGCCCGGCCGGAGCCAUGGAGGAGUUCCUGCAGCGCGCCCAGUCCCGGCUGAACAGGAGCAAACGCCUGGAAAAAGUCCAUGUUGUUCUUGGGAAUAAACCCUGUGAUUUGGAUUCACUUAUUUCUACCCUGGCCUAUGCCUACUUUCUAGACAAGGUCAGUCCUCCUGAUGUUCUCUGCUUACCUGUGUUGAACAUACCAAGAAAAGACUUCAGCUACUUCACUGAGACAAGAUUUAUUUUGGAUGAGCUGAAAAUCCCAGAGUCAUUCCAUAUCUUCCGAGAUGAAAUCAAUUUGCAUCAGCUGAAUGCUGAAGGGAAAUUGUCUUUAACUCUUAUGAACAGCAACAUGCUGACAAGUGAGGAUAAAAGUUUGGAAUCAGCUGUUGUCAAAGUCAUCAAUCCAGAUGAGCAAUGUGACAGGAGCCUGGAGUUACAAGCGUGUUCUUCCUCUUUAGUCGUAAAAGAGAUUCUUCAGAAGGCACCAGAGUUAAUCACUCAGCAACUGGCUUAUCUCCUCAGAGGGAGCAUUCUCUUCAAGUGCAUGUCUUUGGAAACUGACAGAAUGACAGAGCACCAUGAGAAAGUACUGUCAGUGUUGGAGGAAAAGUUUCCAGAUCUUCCUCCACGAGAGGAAAUCAUCUUUGUUCUCCAGGAGACUCAGUUUAACACCCAAGGUGUGAACAUUGAGGAGGUCAUGCUGAAGGAUCUGAAGGAGAUUUCAGAUGGAGAAAUCAAAGUAGCGAUCAGCACUGUGUACAUGACACUGGAGGACUGCAUAUUACACAGGAGUCUCAUUGGUAAUCUUAAAGCAUUCAUAGAUAAAUAUGGGUUCGAUGUACUUGUCAUUUUGGCCAACUGCCUGUCAGAUGAGAAGCAAGCAAAACAACAAAUAGCAGUAUACUCGGAAAAUGCAGAGCUAGGCAAUCAAAUCUGCUGUGAAUUAGAAGAAUGUCAGAAUCCUUGUUUGGAGCUGGAUCCUCUAGAAUGUGAAUGUGACCAAAUUCUCGUUUAUCAUCAAGAAAAUUCUUCAGUGACCUGUGAUCAAAUUUUUCUUCUAAUUAAGGAAGUUAUAAAUAGAAGGCAACCAGAAAUGGUAUCAAACAGUAGAACUUCUUCUACUGAAGCUGUUGCUGGAAGUGCUCCACUCUCACAAGGAUCUUCUGGUAUUAUGGAGUUAUAUGGUUCUGAUGUAGAACCACAGCCCAGUUCUGCCAAUUUUAUAGAAAAUCCUCAAGACCUAAAUGGGUCUAUGCAAGCCCACAUUGAUGUUAAUGUAGACCUUGUGAGUCCAGACAGUGGCUUGGCCACCAUUAGAAGCAGCCGGUCUUCCAAGGAGAGUUCCGUUUUUCUUAGUGAUGAUAGCCCUGUUGCAGAAGGUGCUUCUUCACAUCACAGUCUUCUGCCUGGCUUUGAUUCCUACAGCCCUAUUCCUGAAGGAGCAAUAGCUGAAGAGCAAAAGUCUCAGUCAGGAAGCAAUAGUGAUAACUUUGAUCUUUUCAAUUUUGAUCUAGCACCCAUGGUUACAGCUCCAUCUGAGUCAUCUUCUCGUUCUGUUGAUUGUUCCCCAGCAGAUGACUAUUUUCUCAAUAGUGAUUCAUCAGAAGGGCAUCAGCUCACUCUGAAGAAAAAACUUGAUGAGAUAAACCUAUUAGAAAAUGAUACAGUAAAGUAUUCAGCUGACUUACUUGCGACAAAAAUUGAGGAAGACAGUCUGGCUGAAUUUGAUGAGAAUCCAGGAGAACUGUGUGAGAAAACUUCAAGUUUGAUUGAUUUAGUUGAAGGUGAUUCUUCUUCACCAGAAGUGUUGAAAUCUGCUGAUUCAAGAAUUCCACCAACUCCUAUGAAUAGUCUUGUAGAUACUUCACCAUUGGAUAAUGGGCAGCCUUUAAUUUUCUCACAAGAUGUCAUAAAAAAAAUUAAUGAAAUAGAUGGAACAAAUUACUCUCCGUCUCAUGUUAGAUAUGGGAGCUGGUGGGAUGGCUUUGACCUAGAUUCCAGAAAUGCUGAUGCGUGGAGUUCAAGUGAACAGGAAUCUGUAUUUCAGAGUCCUGUCUUAUGGAAAGAUUCUAAAGAAAGUCCUUUACUACGAGAACAUAGUGAUAGAAGAGCCUCAGAUUCUGUGUUCCUCCAAAAACAGCCAAAGCAAAUGGAAUAUAUGAAAGCAGGUCUAUGGGAUAAUCAGUUUAAAGAAAAUAAUUGGAACCGUGAGAAUCAAGAGAAAAACAGUGAACAUCCAUUUUUGCCAACUGCUUCCUUAGAUGAGACAAAGCAAGAAGCGGAGAGCUUUACAGACCUGUGGAACGUCAGCCAACCAACACCUGUGAUGUCAGAUGCAUGGUGUAGUGGUGAAGGAAAAGGUAGCCAGCUAGCUGGAGACUCUUACAAAAUCUGGAACGAGUUUGAUGAAGGAAAUGCUAGUAAAUCCUCAGAAAAUGUAUGGAGCAUGCCCAAACUAGAUAGUGAGUUAAAAUCAGUGAAUAUUCCUGAGGAAUGGUCUGUAUCAAAAACUGGUUUAUCAGAUUCUUCAGAAAUCACAAUGGACAAUGAAAUUGAAAAUCCAGAAGUGUGGGAUAAAGGAAGGUAUUAUUCAAUAGAAGACCAUGGAAAAUCUGAAAAUACAACUUUUGUUUUCAACAGUAUGCAAAAUAAUUCCAGGCUGAACACAGGGGAAAAAACUCUGUUUGGUGAUCCUAAACAUAGACCAAAACAAUAUAAAAAUACAGAUACCUGGAAUAUGUGUGAUAAAAACAUCAGAAAAGAAGUAACCGAAGUAGUGGUGCCAUGGGAGGAUACUUUCUUAUAUAAAAACUCGGAUCUUAGUUCCUCGAAUAUAGUGGAAGAUUUAGUUGUUUCUCCACCAGACACCAAUUAUUCAACAUCUGAUUCGUAUAUAUCACCUACAUAUAUGGAAGAUGAAAGAGAAAAUGAUGACAAGGAUUUUGAAGAAGAAAUAGUUACUGGUAAAUUCAUGAACACAAACUUGGCUGAGUCAGAAGUACUUGAGAAAUCAAGUAAGGAACCAUUAUCUCCUAAAAAUGUACCUUUUUCAAAUACUAGAAAUACAGAUACCUGGAACACUCCCCUAAAUAACAUCACCCAGUUACAAGAAAGAAAUUCUGAAAUUCCAGUUCUUUCCACUUCUGCUAAACCUUGCCUUAAUUCAGAACAAACAGCUGAUCUAUGUUUUUCAACUGAAACAUGUAGCAGUGAAAAUAACUUUCCUGUAUCUGAAAGCAGAAGAGUAAUACUGCCAUAUAAUCAAACAAUGAAUGACUUAUCACCGUCACAGAAUGAAUUAAAUACUAGACAGAGAGUAACUGACAAGGCAGAAGCCGUGGGCAGUAUUCCUGUAGAAGACACAAACACCCCUACACCAACUUCAGAAAAUGAGAACGGUUUGGAUCUGAAAAUAUGUGACUUAGAGAGUGAGAUACUUAGUAAGAAUAAAGCACAAAACACUGCUGGUAUUGAUGAAGAGCUGGGUAUUCAGGAUUCAGUGCACCAGCUGGACUCGUGUGGUUUACAGAGUGAGCAGGGUUGUGAGGAAGGCUGGGAUAAUGCCACUGUCAUCUCUAAGGAAGGAGAAGAAUGUAAGAGAACACAUGUGGCAAGUGGGCAGCAGAUGAUUAAUGACAUUUGUAACAAAGCAGUGCAAGAGGGCAAUGAAUCUUCAGGUAAAACAGAUUUGGAAGAAAAUGAGCCAACAACUGAAGUUACCACCUCCCCAGAAAAACUGAGAAAUAGUGUUGGUUUGGAAAUAUUAAUCACAGAGAAUGUGUUAUUUUCCAAUCAAAGCAAUCCACUUAGUCAGGAAGAGAGAAAAGAUGUCUUGCAGAACAGUUUAGAAUCUUCAAGUAUUUCUGAAGGAGGCAGAGAUUAUGAAUUUUUUGAUGACCCCUUACCACAAAAUUACAAUUCUAGUAAAAUGUCACAGCUGCUAUCUGAGGGAGCUGGAAAAGAGGCUACAGUGACAGAGGAUGCAGCAAGUCCCAAGAUGGAAAGUAUGUCUGAAAGUUCUGAUAAGGGUAGUGCUAAUCCUGAAAAUAAUUCUUCUAAAAUACCUGGAAUCUUAGGUGUCUGGAAUGACUCUGGAAAGAAUGGUUGUGGCCAAGCCAUUUCAAUUCCUUUGAUGGAUAAACCCCAAGAAUCUCUGGGAGAAGGGCAAGAAUGCUUACGUGAAGUGACUCCUAACCAUCCAAACAUUUGUAAUUCUGAUUUACUAUCUUUUAAAAAUAGCUUAGAAAUGAUGAGGACCAAUGAAAAUUCUUUCACAGAUGAAUUUAAGAAAAAUCCUUCUGGAUUUGUUAGUAUUCCUGAUAUUACACAUAUAUCUGUGGUGGAAAAUUCAUUUUCACUUGAAAUAGCUUCUGGGGGAAACGAAAACUCUGAAGAUGUAGAACCUGCUACUGAUCUUUGUGGAGAGCCAUUUGCAGUGCUUAAUAACAAUUUUCCUCAAACUGCUUGGGAUUCACAGCCAUGUGAAGAUUUGCAGUCUCCUGGAACAAGUCCUGAGGCAAGUGAAGUCCUUGAAAUAGCAAAUACCACAAGCAGCCUUUCAAAAGAUAUACAGAUCAAAAGCUAUUUGGAAGAAGAUAAUAUGUGGAGUAAUUCAAUAAAUUAUUAUACACACUCAAGUGGAACAAGUCCUGACUUAAGUGAUAUAUCUGUGAAUGUGUGGGGAGACCUUCCAGUUGCUAGUCAUCAUGAAAGAAGCAGGGAUGUGUGGGAGAUGAAAAAUAAUAAAAAUCUUGUGGAUUCUUUUAAAAAGCAGGAAUUUGGGAGUGAAUAUGAAGAAGGAUUUGAAACAAGCGGCAAAGAGAACAAAGUUCCUAAAAGCUUAGAUUUUUGGAAUGCCCAUGUAGAUGACGAUACUGUAUCUUCUUUAUCCAGUCCUGACAUAAAUGAGGAUUCAGAGAAUUCAGAGGCAUGUCCAGAAGUGAUUAAUGAAGAUUCAGUGUGUGAAAACAAACAGCACAAAGGAGCUGAAAAUGGAGAGGAUUAUGAUCAGUCCAAUGCAACAAGUCCUGAAGCUAAUGAAGACAGUUCAGGUGCAAAAACUAAGGUGGGAGAGAAGGUCCUAAUAAGCACCUUCAAUGAAAAUUCUGAAACAAUUGAAGCCAAAAAGGUAUUGCAGGAGGGUGGGACUGUUGGCUCCAUUGAUCAUAGUAAGACUACUCAGUCUACUACAGGCCACCGUGAAACACUUGACAAAAUACCAGAUAGUGGGGAGGACUCAUAUUUGUAUCAAAUGAAUGAAGAUCCUGCAUUGACUUCUGCUACUGGUGAUAAAGAAGAGCAUUCUUCUAAAACUGUAGAUAGGUGGAGUAUGUCACUGGAAGCUGAUUCAAGAACUAAUCCAAAAUCCAUAGUAAGAACAUCUGAUUUUUUAGAUAACAGUUCAGAAUGGCGGAGUUCACAACCUUGUGAAGAAAAGCAAUUGGAAGAUCAGUAUUCUGUUUCAAGGCACUCUGUAACAAAUCAGGUAGGAAAUAGUAAUGAGUACUCCUGUGGCUCCCCUUCACAAGAUGAAGAACUAACAGAAGCACAUUUCACAGAUACAGGUAAUGAUGAAAAUCCACCUGCCCCCCUGUACUCUGAUGAAAAAGAAAAUGAAAAACUAGUACAUUCUGUCAAUAGUCCUAAUGCUCAGAUAAAUGAAGACACGUCACAGUUCAGUCAAUUUGAUUCAUUUACACUGGAUAAAGAAGAAAGGGAUUUGAUAGAGCAGUUGUUUUCUACAGAUGAGGAAAAUCAACUGGGUCCACAGAACUCUUUUUCAGAUGAGGAACAAGCUAUACCAAAUACAGCAGUUGAAGCAAUCACUGUACUGGAUCUAUCAAAAGACAAUGAGGGAAAUGUAAGUCUCACUUCUCAAGGACAGCAGGAUGACACCUGUGAAAGAGUAGAAGUGCUCAGCUCCAUGCCAGGUGCUUUCACUGUAGGAGACUUACCUUUUGAAGUGUCAGAAAAGUCAAGUCCAGAACGGAAUAUAUUAGUUCCCCAAACUGCACUUAUUCCAGAUAUUUUACAGGAUAACACACAAGGAAGUAAUCAGUUUUCAGCGGAACCUGACCUGUGGACUAAUGCUGAGGAGAUUGUCACUUUGAAAUCAGAUGGUGAGAAUCCUGAUAUUUUAAGUCACUGGGACCAAGACAAUGGUUCAGAGUCAUCAAGCAGUCCUGAUGUGUGCCAGGAAUAUGGAGCUAAGAAUGCCUCCAUCUCAUCUUCUCAGAUUGCAGUGGAGCUUGAAGACAGACAACCAAUUAAUCCAAGAUCAAAUGUGAAUAAAGAGGCAGAUUUUGAUUCAAAGUGUCAGUUAGUAAUGCAGAAUGAGAUGCACUCUGAUAAUGGUAGCCCCCAGGACUAUGAACCAGUAAAGACCAGUGAAUUCUAUCAGCUUAUCUCUUCUAAUCCUCAGGAGCCUCCUGAAUUUGCAAUUCCAGAAGAAUACAGUAUAGAAAAUAAGUUUGGGUUUGACCCUGUUGAGUCAACUGAAAUUGCCAGUGAAGUUAUAAAAGUGACAUCCUUGGAUGUGAAAGACAUGUUCCAUGGAAGUUUCACUAAUGCAAGCCAUCAAGGAGCACCAACUGAUACAGCUCAAAUAGCGACCUCUCAAAUACAUUUGCUUCCCAUGGAUUUCAAUCAACCUGCUAGGGAAGAACAAAGCUGUGCCUUGGGUGAAGUUGUAAAAUACUCUGAUACUGACCAUACAGCAAUAACUGAUGUUGAGCUAGAUAGGUCAGAAGAAUGUAUGGAUGACUCUGACACAGGGAUAGGACAUAAUAUCAGGGACACCUCAGCCACUAAUGUCCUGGCAGGCACAUGUGGUGGAAUGAACAUACUGACACUGCUAGGCAGUGAGGCAGCAGAAGGGAAAUCAAAGGAUGAAUGGACACUCUUUCCCAAAUCCUUUCUACCUGGUGGUAAUGAAGGUGAUGAAUCUGAUUCAAAUAAUCAACUGUUUGAUGACACAGCAAAGGAGUGUGAAUCUGUAAUUGAAAAUUAUGUUCCUGUGUUUAAGGAAAUACCCAACGACCAAUCACCAAUGGUAUGUACUCCACCAUCCUCUGCAUCUUUUGAUGCUGAACCCUCUGGCGGCAGAGAGUAUGCAAACAGUGAGCUCUUGUUACAGCAGCCAUUUUAUGACAGUGUUUCUUUGGAAAAACAAUUGCCACUGCUGGCUCCUCUGGAAGGUGCAGUGACUGAAGAUAAGGUGUCUGAGACAUCCACAGAAUGUCUUGAGGAAAAUGUCACCUCAGUACCGUUGCUCUCCAUGACUGAAGUAACUCCCCCAGAUCCUGAUUUCUUCACAGGAAAAUCUGAAACAGAAACAACUGAUCCUGACUCACCACCAGGUGGAGAUAGAAGAUCAUGUGAUGAAGCUGGCACUGAUUCCCUACUUUGUAGGGAGGAGAAGCUGAGAAAUUCCCAUAAGAGCUCUGAACUGGAAAGUACAAACAGUAAAGAAGAUGUGAGGAUGCCGGUGCUCCCAGCUUCACUGGAGAUGGAUUGCAUCCUUGUUACCGAGGAAGAAAAUACACCUGCAACAAAUGAUACCCUUGAAAGAAGCAAAAUUAAUUUUGCAUUUCAAGAAUCCCAUGAAAGCUUUUCUCCAGGCUCCUUGGAUGCCUUUCAGGUAAUAUCCAUUUCAAAUGAAAGCAAAGACCAUCUUGUUUGUGGGACUGGAUGGGACGCUGUUCACUUAGAAGAGAAAAAUUCUUCUGCUGUGCCUCAAAAGCUGGAUGGUGAAAGGAAAACAGACGAAAGCUGUGGGCAAGACGAGGGUUGGAUUAUAUUGGGACAAAAUGAAGUAAAUGACAUAUCACCUGAAGAAAUUUCUGCCAAGACAGAAAUGCCAAAAUCAGGGUCUGGACAUCCUGAUGGAGAACUGGCAUCUUUUGUAGCGCAGGAAUUGAUUUGUGACACUUGGAGAGAAUUUCAGGCAGAAACUCCCCUUGAGAAAUCUUUUGAACAUGAAAGCUGUUCUCCUUCAGAUGGCCUGGCUGCUGAGAAUGUGAGUGUGGGCAUUGCAGGAACAUCAGAGUUGCAGGUGGUUGGUGGUAGUACAUUGGAAGCAAAUUCUCGACAGAGGCUUGGGAAUAAUGUAGCAACAGAACAAGAAGUGAAGAAGGAAACGGCUCUUCUCAACAGUGACAAAGAAUUUAAUCAAAAAUCAGGAUAUGGCCCAAGCCAGGUACUGAUGAUGUUGCCAGUAUAUGAUGAGAUUGGAGGCAUCAAAGUGAAGUACUGUCUCUGCCCAAUGCAGAACUGCUGAGAAGAAAGACAGAAGAAGUCAAGGCCCAGAGUCAGAAAAAUGUGCUGCUUGUAGAGGAAAGAAAAGUAUGAAGGAAAGUCGUGGUCUUUGUGAUUAUUUUCAAGCUCUAGUCAGAUCAGAGGAGCAUUUAUGACUGUUGGUAUUGAACUGGCGAUUGAAGCAGAUUGAGUGAGUACAUGUGGACCUGGUUUUGGGUGGACAUGCAGUCUCUGUGCUGGCAGUAUUCCUCCUGCCAAGUGAGUCUCUGCUGUGUCAUCAGAUGGAGUGAGGGGUGACCCUCCUGACUACAUGUACUGCAGUGUAUUGGAGAGGGUGCUUCUGUUGAUGACCUCUCUUCCUUUGCAAACCUGCCAUCAAGCAAGAGGAAAGUCUUCGUAAGUGUUAGCAGAAGAUAAGUACUCAUCAGACCUGUAGAACCUGAAAUAAACCAAAUAUCGAGUGCUUGACCUUGAAACUAGCCAAAGUAUGGUGGGUUGGCACAGCAUUUUUGUCGCGCUCAAUCCUCUAAGCUUCUAAAUUCCAUUCCAGAAGGAAAAGUAGAAAUUCUGAAAUUUCCUAUAAAAGAGAAAUCUGGGAGAAGCCAACCAAGCAAAAUUUCCAAGCAGCUGUUUUGUGUCCAUGUUGCUGUGUGGAGGGGUGGCUUAGGAUCUGCAAAUCUAGGAAAGCUAGAUGUCCUUUGACUUGGAGGUGCUUUGUUUGUUAGCCCUGGAAGCCAUUUUCUGGUAUUACUUCUGCAGGGUUUCACUGGGAGUUCACUAAUUUCAAUUAGUAAAGAUGCUUUUUUGAUAAACCAUGCAUUUCUAGUAAAAAAUCUUAGAAUCAUGAAAUGCCGCCAGUUCUGCUCACAGCCAGUAAUGACUGGGACAGGAAACAGGAAGAGUUGUUUAGAGGUGCUGGCUAGUUGCACACUUGCAAAUCUGACAUGAAGAAAUCAUCUGUUAUUUCCUCUGUCUCCCAUAAAGUAUUUUAAAUUAAAACCAGGCGGAUGCUGUCCCAGUCUAAGUCACACUGAUUAAUUACAUGCAGGCAGCAUCCUAGGGAUUUGACUUGUCAUACUUAACAUUCCCAUGAUGUAGAGAGGAAAGCUCUAGGUAUCUGAUUGAGAGUGAUUUGUAAGUAAACCAGCACAUUUUCGACUUGACAUAACUUUGAUGCAAUAAGACUCUUAGUUAGACAUCUCAGGAAUAAAAUCUGAUUUUUGGACUUAGACUGGUGCUAGAAAAAACAUUUCUAUGCUGUGGAUUUAUAGGGGUGGGUUAACAUCUUAUUGCUAUAAAUUGUUAUAUCCUUUUGAGAAGAGCUCUGCUGUUUUUUAGGAACUUUGGCAAAUCCUGAGGUGCUUCUCAACCAUAGCUCAAAUUGGAAUUUUGUAUGCGGUACAUUCAUUAUUCUUAGAACUUACUGUAUUUGCUUAGAGUAAUUCCCACAUUAAAAUCCAAAACUGGACCAUGUCAAUGCUCUUGUGUUUUCACUAAAAAUUUAAAUGCAUGAUGGAAUAUGGUACAUCCUGCAAAAAAAAAAAGAUAAAAUAAUUCUUGAUAUAGAAUAUAUAUGAUCACUAUAGCGUCUAGCUUAGUCUUUUUUCUUAUCUUACUUAGAAGUUCUUUAAUACUGAAUGCCUUUUUAGUCAAUAGCAGUGCCUAUUUCUGUCCUUUACACUACUAAUACUGAUGCCCAGAGAAGCAAAAUAAGGAACUUAUUCUGCUUCCACAUUAACAAUUAAUUGUGGGAGCAUGGAACCAGUAAAAUCUACUUUGCUUUGGGUUUAAGUUUUCUUGUUAGAUUUUUUCAUGGUAAGUUGUAAACUUUAAUGGACGUUUCUUCCAGCAUUAAUUUUAUUAAAAGUAAUUAAUCCUCUUCUGUUAGGGUUUUGUGUGUAAUAGAGGUUGCUUUUGCGGUGUAGUUUCCCCCUCAGUUUCCCCUCUCCUUGGUAGUUCAUAUUCAAUAAGCUUGUAGUAAGCUUCUAUCUUUGGUCAGUUAAGUAAAGACUUGAGACUUAUAGGAGAGCAGACAUAUGCAUCUCUGUGCAUGGCCACAGCAUGAUCACAGAGGCCUUGAUUCCUUUGAAACCAAAGCUAACACACAAAAAAAAUUACUAUGAUGAAACACAUACAGGAAUCAUUGUUUCUAGAUGAUAUGCCCAUUCAAUGAAAGCUCCUACAUAAAGAGCUGAAAAACUAGCAACUGACAUGGUAGAAGUGUGUAAUUAGAGAUGUUUUCUUAAUGUAUUUAAUUGACAGUUUUGAAACCAGAAGUUCCUCCUUAAAAUAUAACUCAGUAUGCAGCUUUUGACCUUUUUAGACUGAAAUUAACUGCCCUUCAUGGCCAGUGAAGUUUGAAAUAAUGUGAUGCACCAGAGCUGCCAGCCUAUGGGAGGUUAGUGAAGAAACACUGGUGUCAUCAUGUAAGAGAAGAAACGAAGACUUUUCUGAUUGUUGCAGUACAGUUUCAAGAAGGCACCUGAUGGUGCUAGUCGUCAGGCUCUGAGUCUGCCAGAGAUUUACAUCAAAGCAGGCUGUAAAGAAACUCUUUAGUAUGAGAGUGGUGAGGCACUGGAACAGGUUGCCCGGAAUAGCUGUGAAUGCUCCAUCCUUGGAAGUGUGCAGAGCCAGACUGGAUGGGGCACUGAGCAACCUGAUGUAGUGGUAAAUGUCCCUUCCCCAGUCAAGUGGGUAGGAACCAGGUGAUCUUUGAGGUCCCUUCCAACACAAAUCAUUCUGUGGUUCUGUCAUCUUAGAAAAAUAAACAAACGUAUCAUUUGUAUUCACUCUCAAACCUAGCCAAUGAACAGCUGAGUUAGUUUAUGAAGGCACUUACUUAGUAACUGUCUUGUAAUCCCUUUUAUAUCCAUAUGCCCUUGUUUAAGAAAAAAAAAGAAGUUUAGACUUGUACUGUGCUGAAGUAGUAGUACUGUGCUUUCAUCCAGCAGAUGUCUGCCACUUCUUCUAAUAAAAUUGCCUGUUACGCAGAAGAGAUGUUGGAACUCUGAUGGCUGAAAAUUUUGAGCUUUCUGAAUUUAAGGGUGCCAGCCCUCAAGUAAACACCUUGUUUGACCUGGGAUCUUGGAAGAAGCUUCAAAAAUUGAGUGAUAGCGCAGAAACAGUGUGUGUAUAGUUUGGAUAGUAUUGUGUGGUCUCAUGGGGUGAAAAAACUUGGAUUUGGGAUUUUAGUAUAUGGUGAUAUAUGGGAGCCAAGAUGGAGAAUUUUGGGUGUGGGUUAGUUGUCUUUUUUUGCACCUUCUUCCUUCUUCUUCACGAAUCUGGGUGAAGAUUACCAGAAGCAUAAAUAAUAUUUUUAUUGGAUAAUUGGGACUUAAAUAGCCUCAAAUAGACACCAUUUUAGCUCAUUUUCUUGACUUGUUAGAGAGAGCUCACAUCUCGUGAGUUUGUAAUAGAUAAGGUUAAUAAACUUCAGACUGAGACUUGAAAAACAACAUCUCCUGAGUUUUAUUCACCCUGACCUUGGAGCAAGAAAGAGCCUGGAGAGCCUGGUAUUCCAGCAAAGAGGGAAUUAAGGUUUUGAAACAGAAAGCAUUAACAAAAACUAGAAUGAAGAAGUGCCUUAAAAUCUUGAUGUCUGCUGGUCACUGCCCUUCAUCCCACUGUCACAAAUAACAACUCUCAAAGGUGUUUUAAAUGGCUAGGGGUGAAGUUCUUCCAUCCUCUCCUGUUCUGUUUCCGCAAGGAAAAGCUUCAGCAGGGAGUGAAGAAUAAGAAUAUUUACUAGUAUUAAAACACUGGAGAAAAGACAUCAGCUUGUCUCAGAAAUACAUGAACACUGAAAGUAACAAACCCUAGAGCUUCUUUGGACUCCUAAAAAAAGUAGAAAAAGAUUUGAUAGCUCAUUACUAAGGUCAGUCUUUCCAGAAGGAAAACAGCUUUUUAUACAGCAUGUUAGGUGGGCAGGAUUACGUACAUUGCUGCUGCUGACUGGAGGUGUGCCAGCAGUAAAAUUUAUGAAGAUGGGAGGUAAUUUUCUUCUUGAUAGAAGAUGUCUUGUCUUACACAGCUAUAUGAAGGUUGGUGGUGAUGAAUUGUUCCAGAGGCAGAGAGAGAACACUGCAGAUGGCUAUGCUAGUUUUUGCCCAGCAUAUUCCUCAGAGUAUUUCAGUGGCUGUGUAUACAGAUCAUUCUUGCUUUUACCUUUGUUGUAGGGCAGUAUUAUCCUUUUCUUUAUUAGAAGGUGUUAGAAAGAGCUGAACAAAAUACUAUUAAAUGAUGUAUUGACUUGAGGUACAAGAAGCAGUGAGAACAGUAGAAAUAAGAACAGAGAUAUUUGGAAGGUUUGGGGGAGAGCUUAGAAAACUGGUGGCAAAACUGAGCAGAAGACAACUUCCUUUGAAUAACUACCACAAUGUAUUUAACCUGCUAGAAUAAGACUUCAAAAGAAAGCUUGAUUUAUCUUUCUGAUAGCUUUUUUUCAAAGUAACAGGAAUAAUUAUUUUCUGCUCACAUGUAUAAUGAUGUUUUGGAAAUGAUAGUUCUUCCACUGCCUCUCUAUGAAAUAUCCCUCUUUGACCACCACUAUACUGCUGACUAUUAAAAUUGCCCAGUAGAGGAAGCAAUCCAGUGUUUUAUUAAUAGAAAAGCUUGCUUUCAUCACAUUCCCCUGUGCUUGCCAGUGAAUACAGAUAAUCAAAUUUAAUUAAAGAAAAAUAUGUUAGUGUUACAGGAUUAAUAAGAAUUCUGAGAUGACUCUGCUGU